UUCAUUUAUUGCAGAUUGUCUCAGGGACACUUAAUCCACUGCUGCACUCACACAGGCAGCAGUAGGUCAGAUAACAUCAGACAAAGACUAAGACUAAAACUGAGUAAUACACCAUGAAAUAUACAUUUCUAAGUUCAGCCAUACUUGUGCUCCUCUCCUCAGGUCUUUGCCAUGGAGCUGGUAUAAUCACCACUGACCUCCUUCGUGGGGCAGCUGGAGAGAGUGUGACUUUCACAACAUCUGUAAAACCAACAGCUGAACCAUUUCUGGCACUGAUUUGGAGCGUCAAUGGUACCACCAAUGUAAUAACUUCAACCAGUGUGGACAUAGUGGGACAAGGCUAUGAGAACAGGAUCACUCUGGAUAAAACUACUGGAUCUCUGGUACUGAGAAAUCUGACAGAAAAAGACAGUGGGGAGUAUGAAUUAAUCAUCAUCCCAAAUGGAGCAGGGCAGAUUCCGGGAACUGCUAAGCUGGAGGUUCAGACCAAAGUGUCAAGACCCACCAUGGCCUGCCCCACAGAGAACUUAAUAGAAGGUAGAACCUCUGUGAACCUAACCUGCAAUGCUGAUGGCUUUGUGUCUACCAGAGUGUGGCUAAAAGACGGCAGACCUCUGGUUUCUGGAGGUAGAUUCAGCUUUCACGAUGGCAACAGAGUGUUAUCUAUCAACCCUGUGGACAGGACAGACACUGGAGUGUUUCUUUGUAAUGUCAGCAAUGCUUUCAGUUUUGAAUCGGCCAAAUGCAGACUUAUGGUGAAUUAUGGACCUGACAGACCAACCAUUGUUCAGAGACCAAUAGGAGCAGAACUUGAAGACCGUGUCACUCUUCACUGCUCUGCUGACUCGCUACCAAAAGCAACUUUCUUCUGGACAUUCAGAAACAUUAAGAUGUAUGGGCCUCUGUACUAUAUCCAUGAGAUGGAAGAUUGGCACCUGGGGAAAUACACGUGCACCGCCCGUAAUGCUAUUACUGGUUUGGAGGCCUCUGAUGUCCACAUACUACGUGACUCCUCUACUGCCAUCAGUGGUUCUAUGUCCAUGAUGGUUUGCACUGUCCUGACCUUGGUGGGACUCAUGUCUUUCUAAAGACUGCAUUUUUUCAUCAGUCAUUUAGAGCUAUGAAAACUGUGUAUUUUAGGCUCUCUCUCUUUAUUUAACAUUGCUGCUGUGUCUCAAAAUUUAUGUUCACAUAAAAUGAAUGAUGAGUGACAAAAAACGCCUUUGCAUCUGCUUUAGUCCCUACAGUAUUUUCAUCAUCUUCUUCAGUAAUAUACAGCUGUAACGUUCAUUACUGUGUUUAAAUAUGUUUAAUGACAUCAAGUAUACUUAAUUUCUUUUUUCAAUAAAGAGAGCAAGUACAAUUAGUCUCCACAGCAGCUGUGGUCUCAUGACUGUUGACUGGUCUCAUGACAGAUUCAACUUUAAUAAAUUAAUCUUGACACUACUUGACCUCUUCGGUGUUGUAUAACUGACCUGACACACUUUGUUCUUGUGUCAUUGAACCUUGACAGGUAUGAUAAAGUGCUUAAUGUUCUCUGACAGAUUGAUAAUGUCUUAUCAUACUGUCACUAUAAUAAACUUUCAUUAAAACUCUGU